UAGCCGAUGAUACUUGUUUUCGGUAAAAGAAAAUGCAUUCCUCUUCAAAAAACACACAAAAUUGUUGACGAUUUUUUGACAUACAUCUACAUUGGUUCUCGGUUGAUGAUUUGGUUCGGUGUUGUUUCUUUGCCUCUUUGGUCACAGCUCGCAGUCGCAGAUCGAGUUCUUUCAACUCUACUCCUGGUCCUGUCCUGCCUUUUACCUGGCAGAACCUUCUAUUUUUAUACAAAAUAUUUUGUAUGUCUUUUUUGAAUCUCCGACUGGGACUUCAGUAAAAUCACUAGGAAUUUCACCCAUCGAACAGCUUACUACCCAUCGUGAGGGUGUUGACAGCAAAGAUGACUCCUAAGAUAGAAGAAGGCACAUACCUUGGCUUUGACCUGAGCACUCAAAAGCUGAAAGCAAUGCAACUUUCCGAAAACUUGGAAAUCCUUGCUACAGCAGAAGUAAAAUUUGACACAGAUUUGCCAGAAUUCCGAACAAGCGGUGGCGUUAAUUCGGGACCAAAUAAUAAUGAAUUCUACGUACAACCUGCCAUGUGGGUGAAAGCCAUAGACAUUGUCAUGGAUCGCUUAGUGGUACAGGGCGCUGACUUCAGCACGGUUUCAGCCAUCGGAGGCUCAGCACAGCAACACGGUUCCUUAUACUGGUCACGUCGCGGUCUACAAUCUCUCAAGAAUCUUGAUCCCGAUAAGUUCCUUCAUUCGCAAGUCGACGAUUCAGCGUUCGCUCUCACUCGCACACCCAUCUGGAUGGAUGGAUCCACCGAAAAUCAAUGCAUCGAAAUGGAGGUCGCCAUUGGCGGACGCAACGAAAUGGUCACCAUAACCGGUUCAAAAUGCUAUCCUCGCUUCACGGGUCCACAAAUUCGCAAAGUCUACCAAACUCGCACGCAUGCAUACGAAGACUCCAAACGAAUAUCGUUGGUGAGUAGUUUUCUGGCAUCGAUAUUCCUUGGAGAUGUUGCUCCAAUCGAUUACGCUGAUGCUUCCGGAAUGAAUUUAUUUGAUAUAAACGAGAAGGUGUGGUCUGGGGCUUGUUUGAACGCUUGUGCCCCUGAUUUGGAAGAGCGAUUGGGUAGUCCCGUAAAGACUUGUUCGAUAUUGGGUAACGUUGCUGAGUUUUUUGUGCAACGAUUUGGCUUUACGCCUGAGUGCAAAGUGACGGCAUUCACUGGAGACAAUCCAUCGGCGUUAAGUGGGAUGUUGGUAGAGGAAGAUUGGUUGGUGAUUUCGUUGGGAACAAGUGAUACUGUUAUGAUGGGCUUGGAGAAACCAACUAAAUUGGAGGAGGGACAUGUCUUGUGCCAUCCUACUUUAGCUGAUGAAUAUAUGGGCUUGUUGUGCUUCCGAAAUGGUUCCUCUGCAAGGGAUGUAAUGAAGCGCGAUGAAGCUAAUGACAAUUGGGAUACAUUUACCGAGCUGUUGGACUCUACACCACGUGGCAACUAUGGCAACAUGGCGUUACACCUUCACUCUGUUGAAAUAAUCCCACAAGCAAAGGGCAUUCUCCGAUGGAACAAGGCAUUCACAGCUGAAUGUGUAGAUGCUGAGCAGGGCGUUGCUAAAUUUGGAUCACCUCAGACUGAAAUUCGAGCAUUAAUCGAAGGCCAAAUGCUUCAUAGAAAGGCAAUAGCCUCUGAUAUGGGCUUCCAUUUUGGCGAAGAUACAAAAAUUAUCGCUACUGGGGGAGCCUCUGUCAACAAGUCAAUCCUACAGGUUAUUUCCGAUGUCUUCAAUGCUCCCGUUUACAUUCAGAAGGAAAGUGAAGCAGCAGCACUGGGAGCAGCUUAUCGCGCAAAAUAUUCCCUCUACUUGGAACAAUUCAAAUCGGACAAUUCAACUGAUCAACCAAAACACUAUCGUGAUUUCAUUAUGGAAUUCAUACCGAAUAUUUUUGAAAAAGUCUGCGAUCCCAGCAAGGAUAGUGAGGAAGUUUAUACACCCAUGUUGGCUAGAUAUCGAGAAAUGGCCAAAAUUUUAGAGACAAGACAAAAGUGAAAGACUGUUCACAUAUCAAAUAAUCAUUAUUUUAACUAAAUCUACUAAAAGCAUACUAAUAUUGGAACAACAACAUUCCCCCCUUAAAAACCGCUAAAGAGGUUUAAGGAUUUUUUU